AUGGGUCGUGUCAUCCGCAACCAGAGAAAGGGCCGUGGCUCCAUUUUCACGGCUCACACCCGUUUGAACAAGGCCCCCGCCCAGUUCCGUACCCUCGACUACGCUGAGCGUCAUGGAUACACCCGCGGUGUCGUGAAGGAGAUCAUCCACGAUCCCGGCCGUGGUGCUCCCCUCGCCAAGGUCCAGUUCCGCCACCCCUACAAGUUCAAGAUGGUCACCGAGACCUUCAUCGCCAACGAGGGCAUGUACACCGGCCAGUUCAUCUACGCCGGUAAGAACGCCCAGCUGACCGUCGGCAACGGUACCGUCAUCUCCAACGUCGAGGAGAAGGCCGGUGACCGUGGUGCGCUCGGCCGUACCUCCGGUAACUACGUGACCGUCAUUGGUCACAACCCCGACGAGGGCAAGACCCGUAUCAAGCUGCCCUCCGGUGCCAAGAAGGUUGUCAAGGACACUUCCCGUGGUAUGGUUGGUAUCGUCGCCGGUGGUGGCCGUACCGACAAGCCCCUUCUCAAGGCUUCUCGUGCCAAGCACAAGUUCGCUGUCAAGCGUAACUCCUGGCCUAAGACUCGUGGUGUUGCCAUGAACCCCGUCGAUCACCCUCACGGUGGUGGUAACCACCAGCACAUUGGUAAGGCCUCUACCAUCUCCCGCUACGCCGCCCAGGGUCAAAAGGCCGGUCUCAUUGCUGCCCGCCGUACCGGUCUGCUCCGUGGUACCCAGAAGACCAAGGACUAA